CUCUCUAAUAUAAUACUGCAAUUGUUGCAUACGUGUUGGUCGAAUGAAUCAAUAUAUAAAUACAGAUAGAGGCACAGAAAGAAGUAAUUUGUGAUUGAAGCGAGUGAAAUGUGCAGCAAUUACAUACCACGAAUCCAACCAAUAAACACUCACAGACAUUGUAGAGAGAGAAAGAUGAAUAAUGAAAUUGUAAAUAAAAAAUGGUGAACUAGCAUUUUCUGCAUUAUAUUUCAUCUCAAACGCACAUGGGUUCUUCAGUUUCUUACUCUUUCUCUCACAGCAUUUUUCUUGGUUUUUAAUGUUUAUCUGAGUUUUUCAAUUUUUUUGUUUUUUCCACUGCACAUGCACUCCUCUCUCUCUUCAUACAUUUUCUAUGGUCUCCAAAAACUUGGCUAUUAUUAUUUUUUCAUUGACUGAGUACUUCAAAGAUAUUCUUUCAGAUCUACGUUGAAAAGUUUUGGCCCCGAAUGAACUUGCCUGCCCUUAUGUUCUUCUUGAACCAGAGAGGAUUAUAAUCGACAGGUCAAAAAAGACUUCAUUCUGUUCCAGCAACAAAGAAAUCCUUAAAAUAAGGCAUCAAAGUCUUCCAUAAUUUGAUAAACCGAGUGUCAUAUGUCCAUGAAUGGUUGCACGGCGUGUAAACUUGAUGUUGAUUAAAUUAGGAGUAAAAUUAUAAAAACGUUGCCUGUGACAGAAUCACAUAGAAGGGGCUAAAAAUGGUUUGUGAAAUGGAGACGGAUCAAUCGGAAGAGAUGGAUAUUGUCCUCUCUUCAAUGUGGCCAGAAGAUAUAAAUGAAGCCGGGAGGCAGUUCAAUGUGGAAAGGCCAGGAGCUGAUCAAGACAUGUUGAAGGAGGUUGUAAUCAAUGAGGAGACUGCUGUAGUGGAUUUUAUGCGCCUGUUAGAGCUUACGAACUACAGUGAGAAAGGUUCUUCGCAAGUGGCCUAUUUGGUAAAGAAUUGGGAAUAUAAGCAGGAAAAUGCAGUACGACUUCUAAGAGAAGAACUCGAUAACCUUAGCAAGCAACAACAAGAAGUUGAAUUCAAGAAAUUAGAGAUAUUGGAAGAACAUCGUUUUGAACAAGAUGGAUAUGUUGGCGAUAAGCGCCCGAUUUCAAUUUUGGAUGAAAAUUUACGAUACUUUUAUCACGAUACUCCUCGGAGAAGGAAUGAUGUUAUCCUCCAAAAUGAAACAUUAGACAUACAUGUAGAAUAUGACAGCACAAUAUAUUGGAAACAGAGAACCAUGCAUUUAGAGAAGUUGUUAGCAGCAAGUCUCGAACGAGAGCGGGUAUUGCAGGAAAAAUUGAACGAAAGUAUAGAAAAUCUUGAGAGGCAAUCCUCUCCAGUGGAAGAACUAUCCCAAGUUUUAAAAAGAGCGGAUAAUUUCUUACAUUUUAUCCUCCAAAAUGCACCAGUUGUUAUUGGCCACCAGGACAAAGAACUACGGUAUCGCUUCAUCUAUAAUCAUUUCCCAAGUUUGCGUGAAGAGGAUAUUAUAGGUAAAACAGAUGUAGAGAUUUUUAGUGGUUCUGGUGUGAAGGAAUCUCAGGACUUCAAAAGAGAAGUUUUGGAGCGAGGAUUACCUGCAAAGAGGGAAAUUACGUUUGAGACAGAACUUUUUGGCUCUAAAACUUUUCUAAUUUACGUGGAACCAGUGUUCAGCAAAACGGGGGAGACCAUUGGAGUAAAUUUUAUGGGAAUGGAAAUAACCGAUCAGGUGAGGAAAAGAGAGAAAAUAGCAAAGCUUCGAGAGACAAUGGCUGUACAAAAAGCCAAGGAGACAGAGCUUAAUAAAACAAUCCAUAUAACAGAGGAGACCAUGCGAGCAAAACAAAUGCUAGCAACAAUGUCACACGAGAUAAGAUCUCCCUUAUCUGGAGUUGUUAGCAUAGCCGAGAUUCUUUCUGCCACUAAACUUGAUAAAGAACAACGACAGUUAUUGAAUGUGAUGAUAUCUUCUGGUGAUCUGGUUCUUCAACUAAUAAAUGACAUCCUUGAUCUUUCCAAGGUGGAAUCAGGAGUCAUGAAAUUGGAAGAAACAAAGUUCAGGCCGAGAGAGGUAGUAAAGCACGUCCUGCAGACUGCAGCAGCAUCACUACAAAAAUUAUUAACCUUAGAAGGACAUGUAGCAGAUGAUGUCCCCAUAGAGGUUAUUGGAGAUGUCCUAAGGAUUCGGCAAAUCCUUACCAACUUGAUCAGCAAUGCGAUCAAGUUUACUCAUGAAGGCAAGGUUGGUAUAAAGCUUUAUAUCGUAGCAGAGCCACCUAGUGCAAACAAACAAGGAUCUGAUCAGAAGAUUUCUUUAGAUCAAUCAAAAGUUUUAGCAAAUAUAAAGAAAGAAGAUAAGUGCUUAUCAAUGUCUCAGAAUAUCGGUGAUCAAAUUGAUACUCACAGACCUAAAGAUGGAGAAGACACUUAUGGAAGUGAUACACUAAAAAAUGAACCCAGUGGCCCGGUAAGAAAUGGGACAAUGAUGGAAGAAGACAGAGAGAGACUUCUCAAUACUCAAGAAACAAUGGUGUGGAUAUGCUGUGAUGUCUAUGAUACUGGCAUUGGAAUACCUGAAAAUGCUAUACCCACCUUGUUUAAUAAGUACAUGCAAGUUGGCGCAGAUACUGCUCGAAAGUAUGGUGGGACGGGAUUGGGCCUCGCAAUCUGUAAACAACUGGUUGAACUCAUGGGUGGUCAUCUCACCGUCUCCAGUAAGGAACACUAUGGGUCAACUUUUACGUUUGUACUACCUUACAAGGUUUCGCCGGUGUGUGAUAGUUCCAAUGAUCCCGAUGAAAUGUCCAAUAUGGCCAACCAUGAUGUCCCAGACGAUGCAAAUGAUGAUGAUUUACAUUCUGGCAUUUUCCUCUUCCCACCUCGGACUUUGGGUUCUUUAUUUUCUACUCAAGUCUCCGGACGGACACAAAAAUUCUCACCACCCAGUUAUGGAUCUAAUGCCUCAACUAAAUGUAGUGGAGUGUUAGACUCCUAUUCAUUCCCCUCUUAUAACAUUACAUCUAAAGAGAAUAGCUCAGUCAAAGAUGUCGGUUCAGUAGGAGGCUCGAUUGAGACAUUACAUGAAGCUGAAACUUCAUUGAGGUAUAGCUCGGAUUCAGACAGCCCAAGCACAAGUGCAAACCAUGAGCAGUGUAAGGGUGAAACUUCAGAGGUAAUUGUUUCUCAAGAUGUAACAUGUAAUACGAAUAGAAGUUCCGAGGGUUCUUCAAGCAACACUCCAGAAAUCCCAAAAUCUGAGUUGAAGGCUAAGAUCCUCCUUGUAGAAGAUAACAAGAUUAAUGUUAUGGUAACAAAGUCAAUGAUGAAGCAACUAGGACACUGCAUAGAUGUUGUGAAUAACGGAGCAGAAGCUGUUCGUGCAGUUCAAUGCAACAGCUAUGAUCUCAUUCUAAUGGACGUAUGCAUGCCAAUAAUGGAUGGUCUUCAAGCCACAAAACUUAUUCGAUCCUUUGAGGAAACCGGUAGUUGGAACGAUGCAGUGAAAGCUGGAAUCGAGCUUGAGUCACCUCCUGCUGAUUCUUCGCCAAAUUUGCAAGAACUAAAAUAUUGUAGAAAGAGGAUUCCUAUCAUAGCGAUGACGGCGAAUGCAUUAUCGGAAAGUGCAGAUGAGUGUUUUGCAAAUGGUAUGGACUCCUUCGUGUCAAAGCCUGUUACUUUUCAGAACUUGAAACAAUGUCUGCAUCAAUAUUUAUCGUAAUAUUGUCUGUAAAUGUUUGCCUUGUAUAGAAAAUGAAUGCAUUAGGAAAGUUUUGUAAUCGAUGUAUAAUAUUUUAUAAAGGGUGUUUCUGUUUAACAUCUGUAAAUUA